AUGUUCACCGCCGCCGCCACUCGAGUCACCGUCGUCGCGCGCGCGGGAGACGCGCGCGAUGCCGAGCGCGCGACGCAGCGCGUCGAGCGACCGGCGUGCGCCAAGGCGCGCGACGAGGGCGAGGAUGGGGCUCGCGUGGACAUGGCCAAGGCGAAGUGCGUGCACCCGGACCGACCGGUCGCCAAGGCGUGCGGGGACUGCCCGCGACGCAAGUAA